AUGAUCAGUUGCUUUCCUCGCCGGUUCCUCGUGCAUCAACCGCCACGUCUGCUUUCACGACGACUGUUUUCCGUGAAAGCAGUCCAUUCCUCCUUCCCUGCGACCUUACACUACUACUGCCCGCGCCGCGGCUCAAGCCUGUUCGAUCACCGCGAGAAUGACGACCGACCAGACGACUUGUAUGACGAAGGCGUAAUUGUGGGAAAACAUGGAUUGGUAUACCCAGGUGUGAAGGGGACAUCAGUUUCAAACGGAGCUGUCAUGUUUCCAAACACCUUCAUGAUGCAAGAGCUAGCGCGCAGAUACUUCGACGAAGUUCUUGAUCGUGAAGAGGAGGGCAAGCAAGUUGAUCGACCAUUUAUCUAUACUAUUCCUCGAGAUCUGAAUCGGUUGUUGAAUGAGUUCUACAACACGCAUGCGCAAGAGGAAUCCGCCGAGAAGUGGUUGGAUGCACACCCCUAUCAGGCAGCCAUAGCAGACGACGCAGACGCCGAGUGGAUGGCGAAGUAA